AUGUCUUCGGUAAAGAUUCCUCGGCCAGGAGCCUGGCUUCCAAGACACCCAAAGAAAAUCUGGCGAUGGAUCAAUGAAAAAGCCCUGUCCCUCGAGAUAAAGGACACCCAAAGUCUCUUGCAAUCGGUGAGAGACUUCAAGUUACACGUGUUAACCGACCCUACACUCUAUAUGCUGUUCACGGAAAUGCUUACGGAGGUCCCCGAGAAAUACAAAACUGAUCCCUCGGGGCGGCCGGAGAUUCGGGACAUCGACACAUUAUUCACAUUCCUGGACUAUCUACUACGAAACCCACCAUCCUGGGAACCCGAUCCAGAUCAACCCAGUCAGCCUUCGCCUCAAAUUGGGACGCCUAUCAACGCGGUUCUUGACUGGCCGAUGGGCACCAAAGCCGGAUUUGCGGCCUUCGUCCGAAAUGAUGUGAAUGCCCACAUCAAGAGAAUGCUCCAGUCGUGGGGAGACUUUCUGAGCACGGAGUAUUCCCGUUCAACCCUCACGACCGAUGAUGGGGGCUGGUUCUCCGCUACAGCAUUAUCAACCCAGCACAUGCAAGGCUUUACAGAAACAUACGUCUGUGAUCCAACUCAGCCGUACUGGGGGUUUACCUCCUGGGACAAUUUCUUCACCCGAGAUUUCAGGGAUAUGGACAGGAUUCGUCCCGUCGCGGAUCCUCACAUCACCAGCACCGUUGUGAGUGCGGCGGAGUCAACGCCAUUCGCUCAGCAAACCAACGUCAAGGACUACGAUACCUUCUGGGCAAAAGGGCAGCCGUAUUCUCUGAAACACAUGCUUGAUCAUGAUUCCCGUGCAGGUCUCUUCAUCGGGGGAACAGUCUACCAAGCAUUCUUAAGCGCCGACAGCUAUCACCAGUGGCACAUGCCAGUGGGAGGAACUGUUCUGGAUUAUCGCUUGGUUGAUGGCGCAUACUACUCCGAACCGUUGCUGGAAGGGUUCUCACCUGACACGGGAACUCCGGAUCCGGAUCCAGGCGCCGACAAUGAGUCUCAGGGGUAUAUUUCGUCAGUCGCGGCCCGCGGUAUCGUCUGGGUCCAAGCUGACGACCCUGUUGGUCUGAUGGGCCUCGUGUUUAUUGGUAUGGCAGAAGUUUCUUCUAUUGAAGUCACCGCCAUGAUUGGGGCACGACUUGAAAAGGGAGAAAAGCUGGGUAAAUUCCAUUUUGGAGGCUCGACAUAUUGCAUGAUCUUUCGGCCGGGGUUGGAUGUGACAUUCCACCUCCCUUCUGAUCCGGAUGCGCAAGUAUUAUGUCGGAGCAAGAUUGCAACUGUCACACCGAAGGAAGGAAAUUGA